UUUUGCCUGCUUUCUGCUUGUUACCCAGCCGAGUUAACCCCACAUUUGUGUUUACCUCAGCCCCGCCGCCUGGGGCGGUUUCGAGGUUCCAGCGGUGCCUUUGCAAAGCUGGGGCGGGCACGGAGACCUCCUGUUAUUUAUGGAGAGGAGGGAUGGAAGGGAGAGCUGCCUGACACAUCGCAGCCUGGCCCACGCGUCCCUGUGGUCCCUGUGGCUUUGGGGCUGGGCUGAAGUCAGAGCCUGGCCCCGGCCCCGCCUUUCUCCUCUCUUUAAAGGUUGCUAAAGCAGCCGGUGUCAGUUUGCUGCUCCACUGCUUCCCCUUUGGGCUCCUUGAGGAAGGAGAAGGCGCUUCAUGUCUUGGCGUGAGCUCCUUCCCCCCUGGCUGGUGAUCGUGGCGGGACUGACGGGCAUCGUGCUGCUCUGUGUCUCCACCAAAGAUGUGCCCGUGGCCCCUCUCAGGACCAAGUAUGGCAUCGUUCUGGAUGCUGGCCCGUCCCGCACCAUCCUCUUCAUCUACCAGUGGACAGCCACCAAGGCAAACAAGACCGGGGUGAUCCGGGGAUGCAGUUCCUGCCCUGUGCAAGGUCUGGGAGUCUCCAGCUACUCAGAUUCUCCUCAGAAAGUAGGGAAGAGCUUGGAGCCAUGUUUGAACUGGGCCCAGAAGGAGAUCCCAGCAGAGCAGCACAGCCAAACCCCGCUGUACGUGGGAGCCACCACCAGCACGAGGCAGCUGAACCUCACCCAUCCCACCCGCUCUGAUGAUCUCCUUGCACCCCUGAUUGUGGCCCUGAAGUCAUCCCCCUUCAGCUUUCGGGGGGCACAGGUCCUGUCCAGCUCAGAUGAGGAAGCAUUCAACUGGGUUGCUGUGAACUAUGUCCUGGAGAACUUCUUCAAGUACGACUGGCGAGGGCAGCUGGUGCCCUCUGGGAAGGGGAUGGCAGGAGUCCUGUCCGUGGGAGGAACCUCAACACGGCUCACUUCCCAGCUGGAAGAGGAGAACCAGGUCCCACAGGAGGGAGUGAGGCUGCAGCUGUAUGGGCAGAUGCACAGAGUGUACACUCAUCAGUGCCCCUGCCACGGCACCGACCAGCUCCACAGGAGGCUGCUCUCCCUGCUCAUCCAGGAGCAGAGAAGUGCUAAAACUGUGUCUAAUCCCUGCUGGCCCCUCUCCUACUCGCGGGAAGUGCAGUGGCAGUCAGUGCAUGCUGGGCCUUGUGCUGUCAGUGGUGACGCAUGGGACACCCCUGGCCCCAAGGAGGUCUUCAACAUCACGGGCUCCAGCAGCCCCACUGCCUGCAUGAGACUUGUGCAAAGGCUGCUCAACUCCUCCUCUUCCUGCAGCUUCUCCAAGCAUUCCCUCGGCAGUGUUCUCCAGCCCCUCCGGACCAGGUUUCUGGUGAUUUCUGAGGCCAUGGACUUCAUGAGAGAAACUGUUCCCUCUCCUGACUUGGGCCAGGCUGUCAAGAGGCUGUGUGGGAUGUCCCUCGAAGAGCUGGUUAGGGAGUCCCAAGCAAGCCAGGAUACACUUGCUGAGUACUGUGCUGUGUCUGCCUUCAUCUUCCAUCUCAGUACAAAGGGGUACACGCUCGACGUUGACCGGCCUGCUUGGACUGCGUUCCAGAAGUAGAUGGGUGACAGAUCAUCUGGUUGGACUCUUGGGUACCUGCUGAGCCUGACCAACACCAUCCCCCAGGACAGCCCAAGCAUCCUCAAGGGGAUUGAACCAGG